UGACUGUGCACAAGUCUGAGCUCAUAACUGCUCUGGUUUUGCUGCAGCCACACAUGGGGGAAGGUUUGACCAGGUUCACUCUGGACUUGACUCAACACCCAUGAUCCUCAGACAUCUCUGGCAUACCCUCUCAUUAAGAUGGGAAAUGCCUCUGAAACAUUUCUCCUUGUGUCCAGAUUAUCUAAAGAUAAUGACUUUCUCAUGGGAACUAUUUAUACCAUUUUUGGUGUGUUGUCAGUGCUGGGGAAUGGCAUCCUGCUGUUUGUGGCUUACAGAAAGAAGUCCUCCCUGAAGCCAGCAGAGCUCUUUGUGGUUAACCUGGCCAUCAGCGACCUGGGCAUGACCAUAACCCUGUUCCCACUAGCUAUCCCCUCAGCCUAUGCUCACAUGUGGCUGUUUCCCAGCACAACCUGCAUUGUCUAUGCCUUCUGUGGCGUUUUGUUUGGCCUGUGCAGUUUGACCAACCUCACUGUGCUCUCAUGUGUGUGCUGGAUAAAGGUUUGCUGUCCAAACUAUGGUAACAAGUUCUCCUACUGCCAUGCUGGCCUCCUCGUUGCUGGGGUCUGGUGUUAUGCUGCGGUGUUUGCUGUAGGUCCCCUGUCGGGCUGGGGAGAGUACGGGGCUGAGCCUUAUGGUACAGCGUGCUGCAUCGACUGGCAUGCUCCCAGCCAAAACUCUGCGGCUAUGAGCUACAUCAUCUGCCUCUUUUUCUUCUGCUACAUUGUGCCCUGUACUGUCAUCUUCCUGUCGUACACGUUCAUCCUGCUGACCGUGCGGGGAUCCCGUCAGGCUGUGCAGCAGCACGUUUCCCCACAGAACAAGAUCACCAAUGCUCAUACACUCAUCAUUAAGCUCUCUGUGGCAGUUUGCAUCGGUUUCCUGACAGCAUGGAGUCCAUAUGCCAUUGUGUCCAUGUGGGCAGCUUUUGGUAACCCAACAACUGUGCCACCCAUGGCUUUUGCUUUGGCAGCUAUCUUUGCCAAAUCCUCUACCCUUUACAACCCCAUUGUCUAUCUGGUCUUCAAGCCCAACUUUCGGAAGUCCCUGUGUCGAGAUGUGGCCCAGUGCAAAAGGACACUCUGUGGAUGUCUGUGUCAGCACAGCUCCACACAGAAGGGAACUUGCAUGCAAUCCCAUCACAAAGCGGAGUGCGACUCCACAAGGCUUUCAAAUGGGUUACCGGAGAACCACGGGACCUGCAGACACUGUCCUUGUCCUGAAACAGUCACUGGCAACAGAGAAGACUUUAUAGACUACAGCCCCCAGCAGACUGCCAGGAUACUUAAAGGAUCGCAACACAGUGAGGUGGCUGUCAGUCAACUGUCCAAUGACAUGCAGAGCGACUUCCUCUAGACAAG